UCGAUAUCUCUACGCUCCGCCCCGGCCUCUAUCGACUCGCUCCGGCUCCCCUCACCGUCCUGGACCACGGUAGAAGGCGGAGGGCGUGUAAGAUGCUUUGACCUUUGCUCCUUGCCUGUCAGCUCUCUGGCCCUGUGCAGGCUACAUUCUUCCCAGCAGCUGCACCAUGAACACCUCCCCAGGCACAGUGGGCAGUGACCCGGUCAUCUUGGCUACCGCGGGUUAUGACCACACUGUUGCGUUCUGGCAGGCCCACAGUGGAAUCUGUACUCGCACUGUGCAGCACCAGGACUCCCAGGUAAAUGCGCUGGAGAUCACCCCAGAUCGCAGCAUGAUUGCUGCUGCAGGUUACCAGCACAUCCGCAUGUAUGAUCUCAACUCCAAUAACCCCAAUCCCAUCAUCAGCUAUGACGGAGUCAAUAAGAACAUAGCAUCUGUGGGCUUCCAUGAGGACGGCCGCUGGAUGUACACAGGCGGGGAGGACUGCACAGCCCGAAUCUGGGACCUCAGGUCUCGAAACCUGCAGUGUCAGCGGAUCUUCCAGGUGAAUGCGCCCAUUAACUGCGUGUGCCUGCAUCCCAACCAGGCAGAGCUCAUCGUGGGUGACCAGAGUGGCGCUAUCCACAUCUGGGACCUGAAAACAGAUCACAAUGAGCAGCUGAUCCCUGAGCCUGAGGUCUCCAUCACAUCUGCCCACAUUGACCCUGAUGCUAGCUACAUGGCAGCAGUCAAUAGCACUGGAAACUGUUAUGUCUGGAAUCUGACAGGGGGCAUUGGUGAUGAAGUGACCCAGCUCAUCCCCAAGACCAAGAUCCCAGCUCAUACACGCUACGCCCUGCAGUGCCGCUUCAGCCCUGACUCCACGCUCCUUGCCACCUGCUCAGCUGACCAGACGUGCAAGAUUUGGAGGACAUCCAACUUCUCCCUGAUGACAGAGCUCAGCAUCAAGAGCAGCAACCCUGGGGAGUCGUCCCGAGGUUGGAUGUGGGGCUGUGCCUUCUCCGGGGACUCUCAGUACAUUGUUACAGCUUCCUCUGACAACCUGGCCCGGCUCUGGUGUGUGGAGACUGGAGAGAUCAAGAGAGAGUAUGGCGGCCACCAGAAAGCUGUUGUCUGUUUGGCAUUCAAUGACAGUGUGCUGGGCUAGGCUGUGCCCCUCAGGAUCACAGGCAGCAACUGAGCAGCUGGGACUGCCUGGUGCAGCGGCUCUAGCUGGAUGGACCUAUAUAGAACUCAGGUCAGAGUGAAACUCUGAGAUUAGCCUUUGCCCACCAGGCUAGCUGGACCUGACUGGGUUAGUCCUCCCUCUUUGCAGGCCUCUCCUGUGGGGCUCUCUCUGCUCAGCUGCUUAUCAGGAGGCCCACUGAGUCAGGCCGUACAUGCCUGGGCUGGGAGAGCCUACACUCCCUUCAGAGAGGUUGGACCUCUGGGGUUUAGAGCUUCUGAGGGGACCCAAGCUAGUGCCCACCUGCAAGUCACGUUCUUCCUCCCACUCCCUGCCCUUGUUCAGGUCCCGAGGACCCAGAGAACACCACCAUGGCCAGGUGGAAGAGUUUAUUAGUCCUGCCAGCAGCUGCCCUCUAGGUGCUGGUGACAUAGCCAGAUUGCUAGCCUGUGGGAACAGGGGAAGCCUAUGGGGCAAUGGCCAGGCUGGACCAGGCAGAGGGCUUAGUCUGGGAGGUAAUAAAAGCAGACAGACACACAGAUGUUGCUUGGGAAGCAGAUGUCAAUGCAGAGAUAGAUCAGCCGCUGCCUCUGGGGCCCUGGGUGGGAGGGAGACUCAUGAAUUUCCAAAGGGCUCCUACCCAGUUCUGUGGACUGUCCUGCGGGAGUCACACAACCUGCCCCAACUCACCCUUGGCUUGACGGGCCCAGUAGAUGGGGGUCUUUGCACAGAGGUGCUGCACUGAAGCCCCCACCUGGGCAGGGUCCACGGUGUGGCUCCCAAGCACUGCCAGCAGCUCCUGGGCAUGGUGGGUGUCAUGAUCUGGGCUGAGGGGCCCUUGGGCCUGCAGAAAGGCUGUGGUGGGCUAUGGCAUGGGUGCUUCUCUCCUGGCUGGGCGGGGCCCUCGCAUCCCACACCCUCCUGGUGGCCCCACCUUCUACUCUUGUCAGCAGCCUCAGCUAAGGGAAGAUAGAGCUUUCUGUUUCCCUGAAACCAGAGCCCCAGCUGGGCCAAACACAGGACCCUUUGUCUGGCCCUGGCCUGGUGGUGGAGCCAUGCUCACCCUGGAGGUGUUCAGCAGCAGCUGCAGGGUCUCCCGAUCUCGGGCCUCCAUCAGGCGGAGGAAGCAGGCCCGAUGCUCUGCAGGGCGGUAACAGAUGCAGCCCUGGGGAGGCAGGUGGGUGAGGCUGGGCUACCCCAGCACCUGUGGAUUGAACCCCUCCCCACCCACUCACGCUCUGCCCGUCGAACAGCACUGCCCAGCUGUGGUUGCUCUGAGGUGGAGUCACUAUGAUGGUUGCCAUGUUGUGGGCCAUGUCCACGAUGGUGGUUUGAUUGGACCAGGGAACCUGGGGGCUUGGGAAGGUCAGUCGGAGCAUCUGCAAUGGCUGCAAAUGGGAAGUGGAAGUUCAGCUAGGCAGACCAAGCAGCCCCACAGGCCACCAGCCUUGGGCUGCAGCAUUUCAACCCUCUGGUCCUCUGCUGCAAGGCCACUGUUAGGGCUUACUUUGGGUCCUGGCUCCACUGGAGGACCAGCCUCCCUGCCCCCUUCCCACUGCCCUAGUCCCUGGGCCUAAGGUGGCGCUCACCUUGGAAGGGCUAUGAGCAAACCCAAGAAGCCCUCCGGCCACAGCCCCUGCAGUGGCCAGUGCCAGCAGCAGCAACAGCAGGCCUGCAGUUCUCCAGCCCCAGUGGCAGGGCUUGGUCUUCACCUGGGAGCAUAUUGCAGUCAGUGGGGCUAGAGACCAGGGAGCCGAUUUGCUUAGGGAAGGGUCAUGGUGGGGUGGGUGGUGGUCCUUCAUCCCCUGUCCAGGGCAUCCCCAGGUCUUUGUCCCAGGAAUGGUAGAGGCACUUACCUCAGCAGGGCCAGGCCUGGGGCUCUGUGUGUGGCUGCUCCCUUGCUCCAUGCUGCAGCCCCUGCUGACAAUGCACUGAUUGUCUGCAGCCCCUUGGAGGAGUUGGCCCAGGAAAACUCAGGAUGCCUGAUGAGCCAAACAACUGUACCCUCCCCUCCUGACCCCACUGCCUCCUCCCCAGCUCAGUAUCUGAUGUCCUGGUCAAGGCCAGGACAGUCCCCUCUCCCACUGGGGAUGCCAGUCAUCAGGCCUGGUUCUUGACACCUAGCCUGUACCAUAAGAAUGUGAGAUCUGAAGGCCUCAGUGGGAACCCAGCCCAGGCCCAGCCAAGUGAUUGUCUAGUUUGAACAGAUUUAAUGUUUAUGUGAGUCUGUUUCCAGUCUCGGUUACGUCCAGACUCCCAGCAGUGGGCAUAGUAGUUGGCACUCAUGGAGCCAUCAAUAAACGCCUGUUCAUUACCACUA